AUGACUAAAAAUGCUGAAAAGCAAUUUAACUAUCGAGCCUAUGUGAAAGUUUCGGCUAAGCAAAAGCUCUAGUUAAUAGCUCUAGUAUUUGGGGAAGAAUGGAAGAUUAAGAAAUUAGGCAGCUUCGUUCCUCUUUAUAAACUACGCCUCAGCCAAAAGUAUCAUUUUAAAACACAGAAAAAACUCGAUACUCAAAAAAAUGCCUUUGAUUCCCGAGGUCAGGAGGUGCCAUUACAAAACAAUGAAAAAUGGGAAUCAUAAUUACAACAUCCUGUGUCUGAAAGGAGGAAUAUUUCAAAACCUAUUAGAAAAUCUCUCUCAGAAAUGAAGUCCCUAUAUAUAUGUAUUUA